GAGCCUUCAUCACUGGGGGAUUCCAAGUUGCCUUUAUCUGCACACCUGAGUUAAGCAUAUUUACAUUUUUCCAUCAGUAGAUACUUGACAUCUAAAAUCUCAGCUACUGCUGUUGAGGACAUGAGGACAAUUUGUAUAAACUAUUCUUUCUUUAGGGUAUGGGGAUCGGGACCUGCAGUGGGAUGGCCAAGGUGCCACUCAAGAAGUCUGUGUACCUGACACUGUCCGUGUACUGCAUCUGUUGCCUGCUGGACACAGGAGCGUCCGUGCUGUUGCCCAUUAAGACCACAGGCCUGGGCCUGCAGGAGACUAGUCAAAUAACAGCCGGUCAGGAGAAGACCACGAGCCAGACGUCAAGUGGCUCAGGUUUCACCAACACAUGCCAGCUAUGGAUCAACCUAUAACAGCUGAUGAGGACAAUAGGGUGGGCUAAGGUGUUGAGAGAAAUGGAUGGAACUUGAUUAUUCCCACUUCAGUCUUUUCAAGUCAUGUCCCAUGGAUUCUACACAAAAGGACAUUAAAGAUAUUUUUCUGUAAUUAUUUAGAUAAUAAUAAUUUAAGAGAAUGUAGAUGGCAAUAAUGAAUUCCUCCACAUCAUUUUCAUUAUAGCAAUACAAUGGGUGCAUAUCUGUGUAUGUGCAAUAUGAGUUCUAAGAUUUGUGUACUAAUGUUCCUUGCUUAAAUCUGUUUGCAAAUAAUAUUCACAUGAAUACAUUUCAUGAUAAGUAGCCUUUGGUUUCCGUUGAGUGUAGUAGUCUCUAGUCUGGCCAGAGUCACCUUGACGACAUUGGCCCAAUGAUAGCACCUUGACGACAUUGGCCCAMUGAUAGCACCUUGACCACAUUGGCCCAAUGAUAGCGCGCACGCAAACCGAAGCACCCAAUCAUAGCAUCCGGCAAAGUGUCAGAACAGAAGCGCUUGUCAUUUAUGCUCUGCAUGCAACCUGGCUGCGAUGUGUUUUGUUUGUCUGCACGAUAAAUGGUAUAUGACACAGAUGGACAAAAUUGCAUACUUGCCUUUACAACUAUUUACAAAUGACUAUUCUAAAACGAACUGUGAAGGAUGGACGAGUCAGAAGCCGGUGAUGGGUUUAUCAGGAUGGUGAAAUCAGAGGCAAGAAAGAUUUAAUGCGAUCCUGAGCGUUUUCUCCUGUGCUGCACAGGGUCAAUCUAGGCGCAUCUUGGCCCAGAGCAACGCGCCUUCCUUCCCCCCAUUCAAAGGUCUCCUCUCCGUAGCAGUAGCCAGCCAUGGCCCUGGUAACCCUACAGCGCUCUCCCACCCCGAGCGCAGCAUCCACCGCCAGCACCAACGCGGGGGAGGAAUUAGGGCGUGAUGAUGACCGGAGAGCAAAUCAGAGCCUCAGCGAGAGCUUCUUCAUGGUCAAAGGAGCUGCCCUCUUCCUGCAACAGGGCACCAAUGCACAGGGACCCAAGACCCCUACACACCACAAACACGCAGGUGACUUACCUCAACAUCUGCAGGUUAUGAUUAACACCCUCCGCUCUGAGGACCGCAUUAAACUGGCUGUACGGUUGGAGAGCGGUUGGUCUGACCGCGUGCGGUACAUGGUUGUGGUCUACACCAGUGGUCGACAGGACACAGAGGAGAAUAUCCUGCUAGGGAUGGACUUCACCGAUAAGGACAGUAAAAGCUGCUCUAUCGGGAUGGUGCUACCGYUAUGGAGCGAUACGAAGAUUCAUUUAGAUGGCGAUGGAGGAUUUAGUGUGACCACAGGAGGACGAUCGCAUGUCUUCAAGCCUGUUUCUGUGCAGGCCAUGUGGUCUGCCCUGCAGAUCCUCCAUAAGGCAAGCGAUAUGUCUCGCAGGCACAACUACUUCCCAGGGGGCAUGGCCCUCACGUGGAUGGGGUUCUAUGAGAGCUGUAUCACCUCCGAGCAGAGCUGCAUCAACGAGUGGAACACUAUGACCGACCUGGAGACCACGCGGCCCGACUCACCUGCCAUGUUCCUCGACCGGCCAACGGAGAGAGAGAGAACAGAGUGUGCAAUCAAAGCUAAACUACGCAGCAUGAUGAUGUUCCGGGACCUGGAGAAUGUCACUUCCAAGGAGAUCCGUGUGGAGCUAGAGCAGCAUAUGAGCUGUAACCUGAAGGAGUACAAAGAGUUCCUCGACAAUGAGAUGCUGCUGAUCCUGGGUCAGAUGGACAAAGCCACACUCAUCUUUGACCACCUCUACCUGGGCUCUGAGUGGAAUGCCUCCAAUCUGGAGGAACUACGGGACUGUGGUGUGGGCUACAUCCUCAACGUGACCAGGGAAAUAGACAAUUUCUUUCAGGGCACGUUCUCCUACCACAAUAUCCGGGUGUUUGAUGAGGAGGCCACAGACCUGCUGGCCCACUGGAACGAGACCUACAACUUCAUCGUCAGAGCGAAGAAGAACCAGUCUAAGUGUCUGGUCCACUGUAAGAUGGGUGUGAGCCGGUCAGCCUCCACGGUCAUAGCGUAUGCMAUGAAGGAGUAUGGCUGGACUCUGGAGAAGGCCUACAACUUUGUGAAGCAGAAGAGGAGCAUUGCUCGGCCCAAUGCUGGCUUUAUGAAGCAGCUGGCCGAGUACGAGGGCAUCCUGGAYGCUAGUAAACAGCGCCACAACAAGCUGUGGAGGCCUGAGGGAAGGGAGGACAUCCCAGAUGAGGCGUCUGGCCAGUGUUGUGGUGGAGAGGAUACCCCCGUGGAGGAUGAGGCCUGGGGGGGAGAGGGCUGCAGUGCCUCCCCCUGCCGGGGCCUGGAGGUGGACGCCCUGGACCCUCUCAACUACAAUUACUACUUCAGACGGCUGUCGGACACGGCCCUGGACAGCGAGCCCUCCACCCCAGUGCGCGGCCCUCCCCUGCUGGGCAUGGAAAGGGUGUUCAUCGAGAUCGAGGAUGUGGAGAGGGACGCCCUUCUGGAGGAUGAGGGCUUCCCCAUGGCCCAACUGGCUUUGCCCGGGGAGGGCACUGCCGCCCAGACCUGUGGGGGCCGCCUGGAGCCCCUGGAGGACAUGAGGCUACGCCUGGAGUUCAGCACGGUGGAGGAGGAGGAUGAGGAGGAGGCGAAGAAGGAGGAGGCGGAGAUGGCCGCCCUGGCCCGGACACCUGCAGGAGGAGAUGGAGUGACGGAGGACGAGGAGAGGAAGGAUCAGGCCAACGUAAACCGCUUCAACAACGAGAACGCCAACAACAGUAACCGCCUGGCUGCCAAGCGCAGCUGCCCCGCUGCCUUCGACGACAGUGCUAGCACAGGAAACCCUUACAAAGUGAAGCCCUCCUACCAGUCCUGUAAAGACUGCCUGCGUCUGCCACCRGGGCGGCGCUGUGAGCGCCCAGCAGGAGGCCGCAAYCACCGCCUUAACCCCACACGCCACUGCGGGGUGGUCCCCACUAUCUCCAUAGACCCCCCUGGCACCCACUUCACCAACACUCCCACCCCCCACUCCCCCUGUGCCCUCCCUACCACCAUUGCCCGCCURGAGGCCUACCGCCAGCGGCUGGUGUCGCCGAUGAGCUGCGAGGAGCUGCCCCGAGACAGACACUGCUCCCUGGAGACGGAGGACAUGGACGAGCUGCAGGAGGAAGAGGAGGAAGAGCAGGAGCCAAAGCCAGGGAGGGAGGCGGGGACUGGAGCCAUCACAGAGCUCACGUUUAUGAAGCUCAGCUUGGAGGGGGAGAGGCCAGCGGGUCAGCCUCCUGGUGUGGAGUUGCAGCCUGCUGGGGUGGAGUUGGACCCUCCUAGUGGUGGAGUGGAGCCACAGCAGGAGCAGGAGCAGGAGGCCCUGGCCCAGCUACAGAGGACAGGGCUGGGGCUGGGGCUGGUGAGGCAGAGCGCGGAGCAGCUGGAGAGGCUCUCAGGACUGGCCAUGGAAGGUCCACUCUCAGGGGCUGGGCUGUCUGAGCAGAUGGACCUGAGCUUGGCGGUGGAGGAGAUGGAGGUGGAGGGGGAUGUAAGGGUGCAUUCUGAAACCCACAUCCCUUCUACCAGCUGUGUGGUCACAGCCGCAGACCCCCAGAUGAACACCACCCCAGUGUCGUACCCCCAGUGGUCCACCCAGACUUGGACCCCUGUGUCCUCCCCCCAUGGCUCCACCCUCACCCGGAGCUUCAGCAGCGUCAGCCUCCACAGCAACUGCGGGGGACGCCCAGGCCUGGUCAGGCCGCGCACCCAGGAGAUGGAGACCCGCAUGAGGCUGGCCGGCCUGACCGUCCCCUCCCUGCUCAAACGCUCUAGCUCCCUGGCCAAACUGGGAGGCCUCACCUUCUCCACCGAGGACCUCUCAGACCUGGCUGAUGAUCAGGCCCAGCUGUUCUCCACCGUGCCCCCAGCGCUCUGAGCCCCCAUCCACCCCCUGGAGCUGACUGUGUUUUCAGUGUCUCUCCUCCAGACAGGUUCCAUGUGUCUAAACCACCUGACCGUGUAAGAGCAGUUUGAAGGAGCUGGGAGAAAUUUGCCAGGUGUCCUGGAGACAUGCCUGAGACAUAUUAGCAGCAUGUUGGCUGGAAGAAAGAAAUAACUAAAGAUUUCCUAUUAUAGACUGAGUGUACAAAACAUUAAGACCACCUUCCWAAUAUUGAGUUGGACACCCCUUCCCCUUUUGCCCUCAACAGCCUCAAUUCGAUGGGGCAUGGACUCUACAAGGUGUCAAAAACAUUCCACAGGGAU